AUGGGCUCGUCACAGUCCGUGGUUACAACUCUGGAAACCAUUUUAAAGCAGCAAGACAUCAAAAUCAAGCAAAGAUCGCUUAAGAACUUUGUUAAAGAGGUGAAUUGCGUGGCUCCUUGGUACGCGUGUUCAGGGUCUCUGACUCUGGCCUCUUGGAAUAAACUAGGGAAAGAUCUUGACCGCCACCUUACAGAUGGGGACUUACGUCUAGGCACUAAGGCCAUAUGGAAGCUUGUUAAAAAUUGCUUAGAAGAUGAGACUUGUAAAACCGUUAUAGCUAGUGGGCAGUGCACAUUGGAGGAAGUUCAGGACAGCAUGUCAGAAACCAAACUUAGUGAGAGGAUGGAACUAGAAGAAGAAACAGUAAAAUAUGAAGAAGAAAGAUACGGCCCCAAUCAAGGAGUGCAACUAAGAACUAAUAAAAAAGGGGGUAUAUGGUCGUCCUAUAAGCUCCUUACACAGCCGGUGACUAAACCCUCAGCNCCUCCACCANAUGAAUUAAGAUAUGGCGCCAGUUCCUUUUUACCCCAGGAAGAAUUAAAAAAGAUUCAAAUGGCCUUUCCGGUUUUUACAACAGAUGCUGGACACAUAUAUGCCCCUGUAGAAUAUCAACAAAUUAAAGAACUUGCUGAGUCCGUCCGUAACUAUGGGGUCAAUGCCAAUUUUACCUUAGUGCAGGUUGAGAGACUCGCCAAUGUGGCAAUGACUCCGGCAGACUGGCAAAUGGUCGCUAAGGCGACCCUACCUAAUAUGGGGCAGUAUAUGGAAUGGAAGGCCUUGUGGUAUGAUGCCGCUCAAAGUCAGGCAAGAAAUAAUGCUGCAGCAGAAAAUAAUGAACAAAGAAAUUGGACCUUUGAAUUAUUAACCGGUCAGGGACAGUACGCUGCCAACCAGACUAAUUAUCCUGUGGCUGCAUACGCCCAAGUGUCGGCAACUGCCAUUAAGGCUUGGAAAGCUCUCACUAAAAAGGGAGAANCUGGAGGCCAUCUUACAAAAAUCAUCCAGGGCCUCCAGGAACCAUUCUCAGACUUUGUAGCAAGAAUGACUGAGGCUGCAGGCAGGAUCUUUGGAGAUCCUGAACAGGCCAUGCCAUUGAUUGAGCAACUUGUCUUUGAACAGGCCACACAGGAAUGUUGGCUGUCAUGGAACUAUCUCUGUAGGCUGAUCUUGAUCUCAGAUCUGUAUGGCUCUCACCCCUGA